AUGACUUUGUCGGAUGAGAGCGUGUUUACUGAGCUCUACUAUACCUUGUGUAUCAUCAAGGAUGUCAUGGAUGUUACUCCACCAUGUUGGCGCCCUCCGUUUGGCAACGUGGAUGACCGUGUGCGUGCGAUUGCAAAUGGAUUGGGAUUGCGUACCAUCUUGUGGGACAGCAAUACCGAUGACUGGGAUAUUGCUCCUGACGGCGCCUCGUCUACGCAGAAAAUCGACGCAAACUACAACAAGAUCAUUACACUUCCGUCCAAGGGCAAGACCGGCAAGCAUGGUGUCGUCGUGCUAACGCAUGAAGUCAAUAAGCACACCAUGGACGAGUUCAUGCGCCAGUACCCGAAGGUACAAUCGGCGUAUGAACACGUUGUUCCCCUGUCCGCCUGCUUCAACGCGACUCACCCGUAUGCGGAAAAUACCCUACGUUCGACCAACCGAACACAGGAAUGCAAUGGAUACUCUCUCCCUCAGUCUCAUAACUUUCAUAAUGCAUACCCAAAGUCGAACGAGAUUGCCUACAUUAUGGACAACGACGAUACAGCUCGUUCGGUUUGGAAUGACAUUAGGGCAUCAGGCAUCAUCCCCAACCAUGUCGAGGUAAAGGAGGGGACCGAUGGAAACCAAGGCAUUUCGGACAGCCAGAACGAUUCGUACAGUGACAAAGAUCCUGAUUGCUGGUGGACAGCCACUACAUGCACCAAGCCCAAAGCGGAUGGCCUAAGUGAAGAUAUUGUAUCUUGCCCUGAGCCUGGUACUUGGGGUCUAACAUUUGACGAUGGACCCGAUUGUGGACACAACGAGUUUUAUGACUUUUUGCAGCAGCAGAAACUGAAGGCCACCAUGUUCUAUAUUGGCGGAAAUGUCAUGGACAAUCCACUCCAGGCGCAGCGUGGUCUUGCUGAUGGCCAUAAUAUCUGCGUACAUACGUGGUCUCAUCACUACACUACGACACUGGAAGAUGAAAAUGUAUUUGCCGAGCUUUAUUACACGAUGCGCGUCAUCAAGGACGUAAUUGGCAUUACCCCCCGUUGCUGGCGCCCACCCUAUGGUGAUGUCGAUGAUCGUGUUCGUGCAAUUGCUACUGCUCUCGGUCUUCGCACUAUCAUUUGGGAUCAGGACACUGAUGAUUGGGACAUUCAGCCUGAAGGCGGCUCUUCGACUCAGAAGAUCGACUCAAACUACGACAAGAUUGUCAGCCUCGCCUCUAGUAAGAAAACGGAUACGCAUGGUAUUGUUGUCUUGAAUCACGAGCUCAAUAAGUAUACUAUGUCGGAAUUUAUGAAAGAGUAUCCGAAAGUGAAGGAUGCAUUCCCCCAUGUCGUCCCUCUUUCUGCCUGCUUUAAUGCCACCAAUCCUUACCCCGAAGAUGGCCCUACUUAUUCCACAUUUGAUGACUACAUUUCCGGAAAUAUUGAUGCAAACAAUGUGCCUGACAUGGCAAACUUCCAGAUUCAGGUUGGAUCCAAGAUGGACAUUGUGACUUUAAGCAACCAGACCGAUGUCGGUGGCUUUUCUCCGCAAUCUAAGCCUAACAAGAAUGCCAAUGAUACAACCAGUGUAGAUGCAUCUCCUUCCUCCUCUACCACGCAGAAGCCCACCCACAAUUCGGGUACUUCACUUACGAUGUCUCUUCCUACUCCGUGGCUUAUUACAGCAUUGUUCUAUGCCCUGUACUUGUAG